CAUUUGGCGACAGCGAAAGGUUCACGUUACUUGCAGGAACACUAAAGAAAGGAGGAAAAGCGGGUAGCGGAUAUCAACAGUGAUUUUAUUCAGAAAAGGUGUCACGUAAUCUACAGACGCUGGUAUCUCAGUAUUCAUCUCCCCCUUGAAGCCUCUGGCGAAGUUCAUCGUGGAAGGCUGAAAACAUUGAACACUGAGGCUUCUGGCCCGCAGCAGGAGGAAAGCUCAUUCAAUGUCAAAGAAGGAAAGACGUACACGUUUGGAUCAGCAUGAGACUAACUGAGAGGUUAUUCUGAAUUAUGGCAGAAUUUUCAUUUUUGGUGUGCUGGCAGCAGUGACUGGUUCAGCGGCAGCGGUGCCAACAGCAGUCGUCCCAUGAGUUUUCUUUUGGCCUGAGCUGUCUGCUUUAGGCUCCGGCCUGGUUCGUCUGGAUCUCUGUGCCUCCGGCGCCGCAGUCAUGGAUCACCCCAGAGAGAAGGAGGGCGAGAGGCCGGUCAGGAGCAGUAAAGUGGCCCAGGGGCGCAGCGGGCACUCGCGGCCCUCCAGCUCCUCCACUUCUGGGGUCCUUAUGGUUGGACCAAACUUCAGAGUUGGCAAGAAGAUCGGCUGUGGCAACUUUGGAGAGCUGAAGCUCGGAAAGAAUCUCUAUACAAACGAGUAUGUUGCAAUAAAGUUGGAACCUGUGAAAUCGAGGGCCCCACAGCUACAUUUGGAGUACCGGUUCUACAAAACGUUAGGCAGUGCAGUAGAGGGUCUGCCUCAGGUCUACUAUUUUGGGCCCUGUGGGAAAUACAAUGCCAUGGUUCUGGAGCUGCUCGGCCCUAGUCUUGAGGACCUCUUUGACCUGUGUGACCGAACAUUCUCCCUCAAGACCGUCCUGAUGAUCGCCAUUCAGCUGAUUUCCCGCAUGGAGUAUGUGCAUUCUAAAAACCUCAUCUAUAGGGACGUGAAGCCAGAGAACUUCCUCAUCGGUCGACAAGGAAACAAGAAGGAGCACAUCAUUCACAUCAUAGACUUUGGCCUUGCGAAAGAAUACAUUGACCCAGAAACCAAAAAACACAUUCCUUACCGGGAGCACAAGAGCCUUACCGGCACAGCUCGAUACAUGUCUAUUAAUACACACUUAGGGAAAGAGCAAAGUCGGAGGGAUGACCUUGAGGCCUUGGGUCACAUGUUCAUGUAUUUCCUUCGGGGUAGUCUCCCUUGGCAGGGACUAAAAGCCGACACACUGAAAGAACGCUACCAGAAGAUUGGGGACACAAAGCGAAACACUCCCAUUGAGGUUCUCUGUGAGAACUUUCCUGAGGAGAUGGCGACCUAUCUACGCUAUGUCCGGCGGUUGGAUUUCUUUGAGAAGCCAGAUUACGAAUACUUGCGGACCUUGUUUACGGAGUUGUUUGAACGAAAAGGAUAUACCUUUGAUUACUCUUAUGACUGGGUUGGCAGACAGAUUCCCACACCGGUGGGUUCGGUCCACGUGGACUCAGGGGCAUCUGCCAUCACGCGUGAGAGCCACGCACACAGAGACAGACCCUCCCAGCACCAGCCCUUAAGGAAUCAGACGGCCAUCUCCGACCGCAGAGGAGCUUGGGAGGUGCAGCCCAACCGCCAGACAAACUCCUCCUACCUGACCUCGCACCUGGCAGCGGACAGGCACGGAGGCUCAGUGCAGGUGGUGAGCUCAACUAAUGGUGAACUGAAUGCAGACGACCCGCUGGCGGCCCACUCAAAUGCACCAAUCACAGCGCAGGCAGAGGUGGAAGUGGUGGAUGAGGCCAACUGCGUGAAAAUGCUCAACCUGUGGUGCUGCUGUUUCUUCAAGAGGAAGAGGAAGAAGAACACUCAACGGCACAAAUGAACCUCCGGCCUCUCCGUGCAGUCCGUUCCUUCGGUUGUUUUUAGAGCGUUCAAAUAAAGAAAUUUUACAAGACGACAACAGCAAGCCCUCCAAACGAGUGUAUGAAAACGAAGAGGCAUGCACACGUUGUCUCUGUGGGGAUUGUCUUUUUGUUUUUCGUUUCUUCCACAUCUUAAUUUAGGCAGCGACGGGCCCUCAUCCUCGGACUGUCUCUAGGAUCUUCACGCAAAACCUAAGGAUCUCAAAGCACUGGAACAGCACUGCACUUCAUUCGCUGUUUUGCUUCUUUUUCGUUUCUCCUCAUCCUCAGCGGUGGACGUGCUGGGGAGGAAGUCUCUGAAUGUGCCCCCUCAUCCUCUUCCUCCACAGUUCCAGCCCUUUGUGUGUCAUGGAGGGAGGGAGAGCGACAAAGUCGCCCAUGCUGGAGCUCGAACCGCAGACCUUUUCCUCCUCCCUGGCACCCGCUUCCACUCCACACGAGACGAGACGGUGGCUUUUUUUUUUUUUUUUUUUUUUUUUUUUAUUUCACUUAACCCUUUCGAAAUGUUUGUUUGUGUAUUUGUUGGCUGAUUGUUGGUUCUCACGCUGCCAGGAAGUGGUCGAAGCCUUAGAAUAUGACUAGCAGAUUUCUUCGUCGUAUCUAUCGGAGUGAUUUAACGUACACGGGCAAAGCGCAAAACAAAUAACUGUCGUAACGAUGCUAGCUGGCCUUUACACGUGAACUUUGUGAAAGUGUGACAUAAGCAGCUGUUUCCAGUGGUGCUCGCCCCACUGACUAGUAUUUAAGCUGCUUGUUCUAAAGCACUCCUCCCACUUCAACCCACCAGCCAGUCAUGCUGCUUUCUCCUCUUACGAUAUCGUAUCGCUUUGACGUACAGCUGGCUGCUUUUCUAUUGGCUGAGGUGGCCAGUAAGACUUUCCUUGCGCUUUUGUAUCUUUCUGUCCAUAUAGUCACUUAUUAUUCCCACGACCAGUUCCUAAUAGAUGUUGUUUUUUAUGCCUGAAAACUGCUAAUUAUUCAGGAUGAGAAUGACAGUUUCAUGUGCCAGAGUGGCUUGGAAAACACCUUAAGCGGAAGAUGUAAGGCGGGCGUUUCCUUGCUUGAGUAGUAGUCGUGAGGUGGAACCUGGGAGGACGCAGACUGACGGUAGUGACUGCCACUGCGAAACAUCUCGAUUUAAUGCCUUAACAUUACUCAGCAGAUACGAAACUCCUCCCAUGCCUUCAUACUGACCUGAAAUAUGUCUCAUUCCCUUUAGGAAGCUUGCUUGAGAGGGUUCGACAGAAUCGAACACGAAUCUGUGGCAGAAAACGGCAGGUUGUAUAGUGGCCAUACGUGUAUUCUGAGACGGGGCAGCCCUUGACCUCUUGCAUGGAUGAGGCAGUCCUUUCCUGAACGCAAACGUAAAAUGGGGAUAUACGCGAAACGAUUACUGUAGUUCUGUCGUCGCUUUAUUUUUUCUUUUUUUCUUUCUAAUCUCAGUCGUGAUGUUGCCUUGCUCACGUUUUGGUUUCGCCGUUCACCUAUUCACAGCAUUAAAUCCAUGCUUUUAUUUUGUGAUGUAUAGUAAAUGUGAAUUAAUGUAAGAUAAAUUAUAUAACUAUUAUUUUAUUUUAUUUUGAUCACCGUACAAAAGUUGAGAGAGAAGCCAUAGGAGUGUGUGACUGCACUAAAGUUUUCUUAGGCCCUUGUUUACUUCAGCCUGUGCGUUGCUGUAUUCUACUGACCUCUAAACUCGUCUUUCAUAGAGGUAAACGGCUGUUUGAGGAAUCUACCGUGCCCGUUCUGUUUUUUGGAGUUCUUUGAAUGUUCUCGCAAAAGCAGUGGCUAAAUGAGCGUGUUGGACCAAAUGGGCACAGAUUCUUUAUUAGCACGUUUCCACCUGUUAACUCGUCAGUUGAGUAAUCCAGCCAUCCGUUUUCACUCGUUUAUAUAUGUAAAUAGCAACUCUCACUGACCCAUCACCUUGUGGAACGAUUUCCACCAUCUAGGAACGGGUGUUGCGUUCAAAUGCGAAGUCAACCAACCGUUUUCGCAAACGCGUGUAAAGCUUUCCAUGUAUUUCUGACGUGACGGUUAUUUAAUAGAUGUGCUUGUCCACUGUGAUGCAAGUCACUUUGGGUCUAAAUUAUUCUGUGAAAAGUACUUGAAUAAUACUCUUGGAAAUCUGUCUCGCACAAGCGUCGAGGCUGCAUUUUAUUUAACGUUCUUCUCUUAACGAUAUGUAUUACGUGCCUCGCUAGCGUUGGAAGAAGUUUAGUAUUUCUGGAUGUGCACUGCUUGCUGUUGCCAGGAGUGUGAUUUUUGCAGGAUUUAACCCCUUGAUUCUUAUCGACUCUUCCGAAGUCAAAGUUGGAGGCCUUGGCUUGUUCGGAGCCAUUUGGAAUUGUUUUUUGGAUUGAAGCAGAAUGUGAAAUUGCUUUGGAUUAAUGGACGAGGAAGCGGAUGGCGAUUAAAGCGCCAUCUGCUGGUUCAAAAUGACUCGUCCGUGCAAAACACUACACUGAAAUCACACUCUAUAUAUGCUAUUUGAAGUAGUUUGAUGAGGGAUGACUAGAACAGACGUUAUUACUGGAAUUUUGGUUAAUGCGAUCAUUAUGACUACUGGCUCUCUUGUCAACUGCAAGGUGAUGACUAUUUCAGACCAUCUUUUAUCUUUAAUUUUCCUUUUUUUAAAAAAAAUCGUACCAUAUGUUUUUGUACCUUUUUUGUAGCGUUUGUUGUUUUAAUAAAGAUGGUGUUACGGCCUUCCGAGUCCAUUUGAGGAAUAUAAAUAUACAAUUAUUCCACUAAAUAGAUUGAUUCCCCCCCAAGUCAUUCAGGAAGCAUUUUGGUUCUUUUGGAGAGGCGUUUGUGUACCAUUCCAUUUCCUUUGAAUUGCCUUUGCUUUUGUAUCACGGUUCUGUGCUGCAGAUUUCCAUCCAGAGAGGUAAAUAGAGUUAUUCUCCUAAAGUUGAAGUUAGUGACAUUAAUGCAGAUUUUAUGUGCAUGGCUUUUGAUUCCGAAAGCAAUGGAAACUACUUGUAAAUGGGGCACUGAAGAACAUUGUGGGCAUGAAGUUGAUACACUGUUAUUCUGUGGCUGCAUAAUGCCUUAAACAUGCUACUGCAAGUCUGACCCCUCUGUACGCUUGAGUUCAGCAGGUAAAUGUCCACUGCGUACUAUUUUGCCGCUGUAUACUGUAUUGCCCUUCCAUUGUGUCUGCUACAGUCAUGGCUUUUUUUUUUUUUUUUUUUCUCUCUCUCUUUCUCUCUCUCUCUCUCUCUCUCUCUGAAAAGUGUAAUCAUUCCUGUCUCAAGGUUUUAGUUAAUGUGGAAACUUGUUGAACUUUUUUUUUUUUUUUUUUUUUUUUUUUUUUU